AUGAUUUAUUCGGAUGACAUCAUCAACAACGCUGCUGGCAAUGGCCGGGAAGAGCAAACAACAGCAGGAAGUGAAAGAGCGAUGAAUGGGCGACAAGUGGACAAACAGCUGAGCCGAGCCGAGCUGAGCAGAGCAAAGAGCCUUCUGUUGUUGUUGUUGUUGUUGUUGUUUGUAACAACGGAAGCAGUAAAGAUGAUAAUAAUGCCAAUCGAAUUAAGUGACGACGAUGACGAUGACAAUGACGGUAAUGACAACAACCUAACAUUAAUGACGCCACAACGACCGCAAACGCCAGCCAGCCAGGUGCUGAUGACGCAGAUGUGA